AUGGUUCUACAGGUGGUUCUAGAGAUGGUUCUAGAGAUGGUUCUACAGGUGGUUUUAGAGGUGGUUCUAGAGAUGGUUCUAGAGAUGGUUCUACAGGUGGUUUUAGAGAUGGUUUUAGAGAUGGUUCUAGAGGUGGUUCUACAGGUGGUUCUAGAGAUGGUUCUAGAGAUGGUUCUAGAGGUGGUUCUAGAGAUGGUUCUACAGGUGGUUUUAGAGAUGGUUUUAGAGAUGGUUCUAGAGGUGGUUCUACAGGUGGUUCUAGAGAUGGUUCUAGAGAUGGUUCUAGAGGUGGUUCUAGAGAUGGUUCUAGAGAUGGUUCUAGAGAUGGUUCUAGAGGUGGUUCUACAGGUGGUUCUAGAGAUGGUUUUAGAGAUCGUUCUAGAGAUGGUUCUAGAGGUGGUUCUACAGGUGGUUCUAGAGAUGGUUCUAGAGAUGGUUCUAGAGAUGGUUCUAGAGGUGGUUCUACAGGUGGUUCUAGAGAUGGUUCUAGAGAUGGUUCUACAGGUGGUUCUAGAGAUGGUUUUAGAGAUGGUUCUAGACGUGGUUCUAGAGAUGGUUUUAGAGGUUGUUCUAGAGCCGAGGAGCCUCACAGCCAACUGUUGA